ACCGAAAAAGCUUUCGCACAUUUUCCGUGUGCGUCAAGUUUGUGGCAGUUGUGUCCGUUUGUUUUUAUCUCUAAAAGAAAAAUAGUUUUCCCAAUAUUUUUUGUGAGUGAUUAUAAAUGCUGUUGCAUCCAAUGGAUAACAUGUCAACACUUCAAACUGUUUGUUAAUAAGAUCACAAAUAAAGCCUGUACCAAACUAUCCGGAUAAUUGCACCAAUCCUUCGAAAUCUCAAGCCAUUUAGAACUAAAUUUUUCGGCUCAACUUUUCAAAUAAAAAUUAAACAAAAUUUUAAGAAAUAUAAAACAAAAAAAAAAGUAACUACUAACGAUAAAAAAAUAUAAAAUAAAAGAAAAGUUUCUAACCACACUAAUAUUUUAUGUAAGUAAUAAGUGUUAUCAAGUGUUUGCAUAAAUACAUAAUUAUAAUUAAUUAAGUUAAAUUAUGUAAAUAAAAUAAAAAAUAACACAAAAAAUAUAUGCAAUUAACACACACUUCAAGUAAUGUGUUUGUGUUAAUUAUUAUUGAUGUGAAUGUAGACGAAAUUCUUCGAUAUAUUAUAUAUGUAUGUAGUAGUAUUAAAUGUUUUAUUUCUAUAUACAUAAACCAUUAAAAAAUAAUUGAUUAAACAAAUAACUUUACUAAAAAAAAGAAACGUAAAUGAUUGUAAACUCUUGUCGAACUUUCAAAAAGAAAACAAAAUUUAUUGUGUGUGUUGUUGUUGUUGUUAAACUAAAAUAACAAAACAAAACAAAAAGAAAAAAACAACUUUUAAUUAUAAAAAUAAUAAUGUUGGUGUUUUAAUUGUCUAUAUAUAAAAUAUAAACAAAAAUAUAUAUAUUUAAAAAAAGAAAAGUGUUAGUAAUACAAAAAAAAAGAAAGAAAAUUAGUGAAAAAUUUACCUGCAUAAAAUAUAUCAAGAAAAAAAAAAUUGUUUUAAAAUUAAGAAAAUUAAAAAAGAAAUCAAUAAUUAAAUACAUAAAUAUAAUAUAUUAUUACCUAAAAUAACCUACGUGACAAAAAAAAAAGUGAAAAUAUUUUGUACGAACAAUGAAGAAAUUUACAUUCAAAGGAGUUUUGGAUGGAUUCCGAUCAACGGUUCAAGCACCAUCUAAUAAACCGGAACAGGAAAUACAAGAACAGCUCAGACCUGAUUAUUUUACAGCAAAAAAGACAUUUCGUCAUGGGUUUCCACAUUCGCCGACGGCCCUAGCAUUUGAUCCAGUACAAAGAUUGCUGGUGAUCGGUGACAAAUCCGGCUCACUAAGGAUACUGGGACGUCCUGGGGUGGAUACACAUGUGCGACAUGAAGGUGAUUCGGCUUGUGCUGUCAUCGGCAUUGAAUUUCUUGUUAACGAGGGUGCUAUAAUAACUGCCACAGCAGACGAUACACUACAUUUAUGGAAUAUACGCCAAAAGAGUCCACAAGUAGUACAAAGUUUAAAAUUUCAAAGAGAAAGGAUAACAUGUAUUCAUUUGCCAGUCGGAAGCAAAUGGCUGUAUGUUGGCACAGAAAAGGGCAAUAUUCAUGUUGUACACAUUGAGACGUUCGCUCUAAGUGGAUAUAUUAUUAACUGGAAUAAAGCGAUUGAAGUUAUACGAACAACUCACCCUGGGGCUGUGAUAGGAUUAUCUGAUAAUCCAUUGGAUGCCAAUAAACUCCUAAUUGCUUUCGAAAGUGGACUUAUUGUACAGUGGGACUUGAGAAAUAAAUGUGCUGAAAUCCGAUGGCAAUCUCCCGAACCAGUCAGAUCGAUUGCAUGGCACCAUGAGGGAAAACAUUUUGUAUCAUCUCACACCGAUGGUUCACUAUGUACGUGGCCGCUCAGGCCUUGUCCCAAACCGCAGAUACACUCGUUUCCGCAUGCAAAAACAAACAAGGAUGGUAAACCUGAGGCUUGCAAACCAAUACAUAAAGUCGAUUUAAAAACAACGCGAUUGGGUGAAACAUACACGAUAUUUUCGGGCGGAUUGUCAAUGGAGAAGGGUGGCAAAUCGCCCUGCAUUACCGUAAUGCAAGGCAAAUCGACUACAGUCUUAGAAAUGGAGCAUCCUGUUGUAGAUUUUAUUACCCUUUGUGAGAGUCCUUGGUCUAGUGAUAUGCAGGAACCAUAUGCCAUAGCAGUACUGCUGCAACACGAUUUAGUUUUAAUAGAUUUACUUACACCCGGUUUUCCAUGUUUCGAAUCGCCUUAUCCUAUGGACUUACAUGAAUCACCUGUUACAUGUUGCACUUAUUUAGCUGACUGUCCAUCAGACUUAGUUCCGGCUUUUUAUUCCGUUGGUCGAAGUACUGCGAGUCGGAGAACGGGGUUCUCAGAUCGUGAAUGGCCUGUAUCAGGAGGAGAGUGGUCACCUGUAUCUUGCAGUUACUCGGAAAUCGUGAUAACUGGCCACCAAGAUGGCACUAUUAAAUUUUGGGAUGCCGGAGCAGGUUCACUACAGAUUUUAUACAAAUUGAAAACUGGAAAGAUUUUUGAACGACCGAGAGCUCGGUCUAUAGAUAAUGCGGACGAUGAUCCGCUUGGUAUACAAAUAAUAACACUUUGUGCUGAAUCAAGAAGGUUGUGCAUCGCCGGUUCUAGUGGUCACGUGAUACUAUUUAAGUUUAGAAAAUUAGAAAGUACCUCAGAAAUAUUGGUCCUAGAAAUACCAAUAAAAUAUGAAAGUUUCGAUGAUGGUGAUGGUGGUAGUCCUGAAUGUGAAUUUGUUCCUCGCCAAGCCCCGAAGACUGCAGAUGCCCUCGAUAAUGAUAAAAAGACCGAUGGCAUGCUGAGGGUAAGACCAGGAGCGCAAAGAAAACCCCCUGGUUUUCAGGCGCAGCUCAUUUGUUUAACACCCUGGACGCAGGGUAGUCAUCCUGGACAAAUAACAUCGCUUUGUUUAAAUUCCAGCUAUGGCCUAAUGGCUUAUGGCAAUGAAUACGGUUUAGCUGUUGUCGAUACCGUUCAAAAAGUCUGUCUCCUUAGUGUUGCUAGUCCCGAUUUAUAUGGAGCGCAGGAUCCAUAUUCUCGGGUGCCAAAGAGUCCAAAACGUGGUGAUAAUAAUAAAGAUGAACACACCCGUUCACCUAGUAUAGACCAGUUAAACGACGUGUCAAGUAGCCCAUCACAAAAAGUGACCCAUCAGAUGCCGUCCUCCUUACCUCAUGAGACAAUCACAGCUACUUUAGUCACCCAAACAGCACAAUCAUCUCCAUCAUCAGUCGCUAGAGAGCAAUCAACCUCACCCUCCCGUCCAAUAUCGCCCGCUUGCGAAGCACUCGAAACUCCCCAAAGUAGCAGCACUAACAAUAACAGUCCUACCUCAGAGGAUCAACCUACACUCCAGUCUAAUGAAGCUCAUCAACAAGGUCGUCGUAAGUCAAUUCCAUGGAAAGCUUUCAAUUUAAAACGUCAAUUAUCCAAAGUCAACAUGAAGAUUUCAAAAACCGAUCCAAAUACCCCCUCGGGUUCUAAAAGUUCGUCUGUUUUUUAUUGUGCCCCAACUGAAGGUACACCUCUCUCACCUGUCGAAACAUCACCAGAUUCGGUGUCCGAAUCAACACCCACAGACGAUACCGAACAAGAUAAGUCCGAUUAUAUGGAACAAAUCGAAAAGGAUAUUGUAUCGAGUUUAAACGAGAUCGAAAACAAAGAAAUAGCCCCCGAGGCUAGUCUCGAAAGCACCUUAGAUCGUUUGUGUGGCAGCAAUUCAGAUUUGUCAGAACCAACCAGCUUGUCAGCUUCCCAAUCAAAUUCGACUCAAAAUAUUGCUCAAAGCGUUCCCAAGAUCAAUAUACACGAUCGUAUUGUCAUUGUCCGGAGCAACAAAAAGGAGCGCACCAUGUCACAGCCACAAGCGGUGCCAAUAUCAUCGGUUUCAAAACGUGUGGACUUCAGUGACGAACCGGCUUUUACAAAAUCUCUGAUUACAACAAUGGAGGGAGCUCAUGUCUCACGUCCUGUGGAUCUUCCUUUGUUCGACACUGAUGUCGACCAACAACAUCCCGUUGCUCCGCCUCGUUAUAAGAAAAAAGACAAACGAGAUCAACGGCUGCUUUCCGUGCCAAAUAUUAAGUACCAAGUUCGUGAUCUUAGGUCACGCAAUGGCAGGGGUGAUCCGUCGCCUUCUUUUGCUGGGAAUCUUAUGCGUAGGUUCAAACAAAUGGUUAUAGAUCGAAAGCAACACAAAACUUCUUCUCUCAUGGAUAAUAUGAAAAAUAAGUUGGAUAGCUCGUUCUCUAGAUCACGAUCAUCGUCGAUGUCAAGCCUUGAGAAUAUAACAUCAGAAUCCAUAACGUGUUUAGCUUUCACGGAUAGUUAUACAAAAAAAAGUGAUCCAUCAGUAUUAUUGCCCACUUUAUGGGUUGGAACUAGUUUAGGUUCCGUUCUGACAGUAUCAAUAACAUUACCUGAAACAGAUACAAGAAAAACACAACCUGUUUUAGUGUCAAUAUUAGGAGGACCGAUUUUUCGGUUGAAGGGGUCAAUUUUAUCAAUGUCAUUUUUGGAUUGUAAUGGUGCACUCAUACCUUAUUCAUUUGAGCCUUGGAGAGAUGAAAAUAGAGAAAAGCGGGACCGAACGCCUACAAAAAGCACGAAUCGAAUGAGUCCCACAUUAAGUGGAGCGACAGCCACAUCUACAACAAGUGGUGUUGGUGGUAGCACUAGCGUCAGCACUAGCAGCAGCAUGACAGUUGCAGCAAACCCUCCCAAUGACAGUUGUUCAGAUAGGCAAUUUAUUGUGAUUGCCAGUGAGAAACAGGCUCGAGUUGUAGCGCUUCCCAGUCAAUAUUGUGUCUAUCGGCAUCAAAUUACAGAAACAGAUUUUGUUGUAAAGGCUGAGAUUGUUAGCAUGCGAGAAAGUGUAUGCCUCGUAACGUACGUGUCAAAUGGCCAUUUAAUGGCAUACAGUCUUCCUAGUCUAAGGCCCUUAUUGGAUGUAGAUUUUCUUCCCCUUAUCGAUCUGAGCUUUCAGACAAAAUGUAAGCAAGGAAUUGUAGAUCCAAUGCUUUCAAUUUGGGGCCAACAACUAAUUGUUCACGAGGAUACUAACCAGAUCUCGAAAGCAUUCUGUUUCAGCAACAAAGGACAUGGACUUUAUUUGGCUUCACCCACCGAGCUUCAAAAAUUCUCACUCUGCUCAGAUUUUUGUCAAUAUACAACCGAAAUGAUGGGAGAACUCUUUGUACCCCACGAAAUGCCUGAACAACCAAAAGAAAGCUUCUUUAAGGGGCUCUUUGGCGUUGGAAAUCGAAGUUUGGAUAGAGAAGAACUCUUCGGUGAACAAAGUGGUAAGGCCAACCGUUCAGUUGCAAAACACAUACCCGGUCCAAGUUUGGAACAACUUGGUCAAAGAACUUCAACAGCAGCGUCUGAAAUAAGUCGAGCCCAUCAAUUAGCAAUGGAACGUGGUGAAAAACUUAAUAUGCUUGAAGAGCGCGCCGAACGUAUGGCAAAUGAAGCCCAAAAUUUCACUGGUACAGCGCAUCAAUUAAUGCUUAAAUAUAAAGAUAAGAAAUGGUAUCAAUUGUAAAAAUAUUUAAUAAAUUAAAAACCACAAAUAAUUAGAUUUACAGAAAAAAAUUAAAAUUAUAAAAACUAAAGAAAAAAACAAAACAAAAAAAUAUUUAUUUACUACAAACAAACAAAAUAAUCUCAUCAAAUUUCAAUAAUUGCCUAAAUUAUAAAUUUAAAGCGUAAAUGCGUAUUUUUCUUCUUUUUUUUUAAUUUAAAGUCAUAAUAAUUUCUAUGGUUAAGUCAUAUUUGUAUCCUAAUUGUUAUUGCGUUUGAGUUUUUCGUUUUUGAAUAACAACAAAAGAAAAAAUAAACUUUUAUUUUAUUGUUAACUAUUUUAAUGAAAUGUUUUAUGAGCUUUUGUAUUGCAAUAAUCCCCCUAACAAAUGAGAAUAUAUUAAAAAAAAAACACGCACAGAAAAUUACUACGCUGUAUUAUUUUUUAUCAGAGAUAAAUAGAUAAUAACAAAAUAAAGUUGUAGAGCCCUAGAAAUGGCGCUGCAAUCAAUGAGUCGAUUCUUUGUAUUAAACAAACUUUUUAGUACCUAUAGUAUAAAUAUUGACUAAACAACAAAAUAAAGCCAAGAAAUUAAAUUUAAAACAAAAUAUAAAGAAAAAUCUAAACAAAGUUAUGGUUGCUUGUAAUGUGAACAUAUUUUACAUAUAUACAAACAUUGCUAUAUUUUAUUUGUUUUUUUUCUCAUAAUACAUAAACAAAAUAAAUGACAAAAUUAUUGUAAGAUUUUAUUUUUCCAAUAAUAAUAUGUCUAACCUUUGUUGAAACUUGUUAAAGAAAUAUAAUUUUAUACUUAAAUUCCUUAAAACAAAAACAAAUCAAUACAAAAACAAAAACAAAAAACAAAUUGCAAUACUGUCUUCAAAAAUUGUUGUACAAGUAAUAGCCUUAGGUACUGCUAUUCAAGAAUAAUUAAGUGAAUGUGUAUAUAAACAAAAAUUAUAUAGGAUUUAAAAGUUGGAUAAUAAUAAAUUGACAUGGUACUGGA